AUGUCGUCCAUUGACCAAGAAGCUGCAGAACUUGCAUCACGAAGCUCAAGUGAUCUGCUAACAACUGAAACGUCGAUUUUCUCUUCUAAUGAAACAGCAUGUCUAACACAGGACAAUAAUCAGACAGAAUCGAUCGAUAAUACAAUUUCUUUAAAAUACUGGCAAUCUCAUACAUCUAAAGAAUUUGCGGUUAUCUGGUUGGAUCCAAACAUAAAUGAAUUGGACAAUAAAUACUAUGAUUUAAUUAUUCAGGUUCGACGUAUUAUCAAUUCUGUCCAAUUAUUUAUUGAUGUCGAUCAAUGUAUCGAUUUUAUUGCAAAUAUGGAAGAUGGAAGAUUUUUGUUUAUUUUAUCAUAUAAUACCGGUAUCACAGUUGUACCUCUUAUUAAUGAUUUGACUCAAGUUGAUUCGAUAUACAUUUAUAAUAAUGAAGAAAUCAAAUCUGAACAAAGAUUAUUAGAAUACAGUAAAAUACAAGGGAUCUUCUCUGAUAUCUUGAUGAUUUUCGAUCAACUUCAACAAGAAUUUCUAUUAUACGAGCAGAAUUUAAUAUCAAUGAAUAUAAUCUCUCUCGAUUCUACUCUUGAUUUAAACGAACUUGUUCAAUCAUUUAUAUAUUCUGUAUUAUUAACAGAUAUUCUUUGUGAAAUGAAUUACGAUGAAAAAGCAAAGAUUAACUUUUUCAAAUUUUAUCGUGAUCAGUGCUUAGAUUUUCAAGUUGACUUGGAUAGAGUUGAUGAAAUGGAAAAGAGUUAUAGUCACCAUUCGCCUAUUUGGUGGUACAUUAAAAUGCCGUCUAUUUACUUGAUACUUGCUAAAGCAUUAAGAACACAAGACGUUACAAGUAUUAUUAAAAUAGGAUUUUAUUUGAAAGAUCUUAAUAAAAACAUGGAGCAAGUUUAUUCCAUGAUAAAUAAAAUCGAAAAAUUGGUCGUUUAUCGAGGACAAAUCAUGUCAAAUAACGAAUUUGAAAAAAUAAAGAAAAGUAAAGGAAGUCUUUUGUUGUUCAACAACUUUUUGUCCACAACUAUUGAUCGAGAAGUCGCUUUGAAAUUCACCAAUAAUGUUCGAGAUGAUUCACAUUUGGCAAAGAUUCUUUUCGAUAUAGAAAUUGAUCCGUCAGUUUCAAAAAAUUCAUUUGCUCUAUUGAAAUUUGUUAAUCAGUGUUCGGUCUGUGAAAAUGAAAUUCUUUUUCCAAUGCACACCAUCUUUCACAUAAGUGAAGUCAAAGAAAUCGACAAUGGCUUAUGGAAUGUGACAAUGAUUAUGACAAAUGACAUUAAUUCUGAGUUCGAACGUCUUAAAAAACGUAUUCAUGAAGAAAUAGAAGAUUCUAAUGAGUUGCAUCGUCUUGGAAACUUAUUAAUUAAGAUGGGACAGGUCGACAAAGCUGAAGAAAUUUACAAGACACUAUUCGAAAUAAUACCUAAUGAUUAUUUAAAGGAACUCGUAUAUAUUCACAAUCAAUUUGGGAAUAUUCUUAUUGAGAAAAAUUAUCUAGAAAAAGCAUUAUCAUUUUUAGAAAACACUUUUGACAUUAGAUGCAAAUCUUCUUCAUCAAACGAUCCAGAUUUGUCUGUUACCUACAUUAAUAUUGGUUUCGUAUACAAUAAAAUGGGACAGGAUUUAAAAGCGCUCUCGUUUUAUAAAAAGGCGCUUGAAAUCCAACAGAGCACUCUUCCAUCUAAUCAUCCAGACUUAGCUAUUACAUACAACAGCAUUGGUUUGAUAUAUAAUACUAUGGGAGAGUAUUUAAAAGCACUCUCUUGUUAUGAAGAUACACUUAAAAUUCAGCAAAAAUCUCUGCCAAUAAAUCAUCUAGCAUUGGCUGAUACAUAUACUAAUAUAGGUCUAAUGCAUAGUUCAAUGCAUAAAUACUUAGAAGCUAUUUCAUAUUAUAAAAAGGCUCUUCAAAUUCAGAAAGCAAUUCUUCCAUUCAAUGAUCUAUCAUUAGCAACUACGUAUAAUAAUAUCGGUCGAGCACAUGCUGCUAAAGAAAACUACUCCUUUGCGCGCAAUAAUUACGAUGAUGCACUUAAAAUUCAAGAAAAUGCUCUUCCUUCGAAUGAUCCUUUACUAGCCGAAGCAUACAACAAUGUUGGUGAAAUGUAUCGAUUAACAGGAAACUACAUAACUGCAUUGCAAUAUUAUAAGAAGGCUCUUAAAAUUCAAGAAGAACAACUUCCACCGAAUCAUUCAUCAUUAGCUAAGACAAAAAGUAAUAUAGAUCAAAUAUAUAACUCAAUGAAGAACUAUGAAAAAGUAAUCUCAGACUUGGUGAAAAUGUUUAAAAUACAAUCAAAAUUACUUCCAUCAAAUCAUCCAACAUUCGAUAUGAGUAGUGAAGACAUAGCAACAAUAUUGGAAGGACUUCAUCGAUAUAAAGAAGCAAUUAAACAUAAAUCACAAACAUUUAAUAUUAUGUCUAGUAGUAUUGAAUCUAAUCAAUCGCAAGCGGACAAACCUGAACAAAAUCUAAGUGAACCUUCGACUAUAAUCAUUGAUGAAAAACUAAAUGAGAAAACAGUUAAUGAAAAAUGGAUCUAUCCUGUUCUUCUCGUUCUUCCUUCAUUAGAACAGUCUCAAUUAUAUUCCAUUUUGCAAGACAUCACUGACAAUUGUAUCAUGCCUCCAAUUCAGAUAGACAAGUGUAUAGACAAAUUAAAGUCAAACCAACAAAUAAAGGACUUUAUCUUUGAUGUGUCAUCUGUUUCCAUUGAUGAUCGAAACCGUAUACUCGAUGCUGUAUCAUCUCUUAAUAAUAUUACAUCAAUUUACUUAUUGGGAAAAUCACCAGAAACAAAGAAAGAACGCAAUGAAUUUUUUAAACAAUUUGACAAAGUAUGUAUAUUCUGUGAGGAUCAUGAGCAGCUUGCUGUUCAAUGGGCAUUGGACACGGCUAGUCAUUGUCGCAUAUGUGGCAAUCAAUGCGCUAAAGCAGAUGAUAAAAAUGCUGCUCGUGAACACUUUCAACGAGAUUUUAUGGCGACAUCUAGCACACAAGUAUUAACUCUUUUUGAUCCUGAGGAUAAGCAUGAAUGCUAUGAUACUCUAUUCAGUAAUAGAAUAUUUAUUCGUUUUAUUGAUUCUCAUCAUUGUUGUAAUCAUAUAUGUACUCAUGUCGUCAAUCAAACAAUGGAUAUUCAUUUCUUUUUUCCUGACACUGAACUAAACCUUAUUAUGCAUUGGCCACCUGAACAUAAUGAUACUCAUAAGUAUAUUUAUUGUCGUGAUCAAGCAUCGAUUAAUCAAAUUAGAACAGAUCAUGGAAGAUGUGUUGCUAACAAGAUAUUCUCUGUUGACGACUUAGAAUUUGAAAUUCGCCAUGUUCAAAUUACCCUAUUGUAUUCAUUAGCAAAGCAAAAACCUGAGGAAUCACGUGAACGUGAUGAAGUAGCAUCAAAAACAAUAAACGAAUUAGAAUGCCUUCGUCACAUGUUAAAACAAAUGAUGACUGAUCAAAUGGGUGAGCAGCCAAUCGAACAUCAGUGA